CAGAGAGAGUUGAAAAGAGUCGGUUCCAAACAAUGCUAUAUCGGAUUAUUCUGUGAUUUCUUCUACAAGGAUGAAUACUAACAUGUCGUUGUUCUUUGGAUCUUAUCAGAAUACUUCUACAAAUGUCAACGUCGUUUAUAAUGAUGGAAAUGAGGACACAUAUGUGUUCAACGUAACGCAGCAAGUCUACGGGUCUUCACCACAUAUGAUAACAGACUAUAUCCAGAAAUACGUAAUUCCAAUAAUAUGUGUCUUAGGAUUGAUUGGAAACACAAUAGCAUCUUUGGUUUUCUUGCAAAAACCUUUACGGAAACGUUCGUGCAGCAUUUUUCUUACCGUAAGAGGCUUUUCUGAUAAUGGAUUUCUUUUUACACUCCUUAUAAUUUGGAUAUCACGAACAUUCGAGUUACGUUUAGGGGAAAUCAGGAAUUCAUGUCAAAUCAUAAUAUUCCUCACUUAUGUGUGCGGAUGUAUAUCAGUUUGGUUAGUUGUUUUCCUAACUGCAGAAAACUACAUUCGAAUUUGUCGUCCAUUUAUUGUAAAUAGAGUAUGCACGACAAAUGUAGCUAGGUUUGCCGUUGGGAUCCUUUUUGUGGUCAGCGUCUGCAUCUAUAGCUUUCCGUUUUGGGCGAUGAACCCCGAUACUUGUAUUCCGUACGCGCAGUAUUAUAAAACAGUGCAGAUAUUUAUAUAUGCAGAUACUCUUUUAACACUAGUAGUGCCUUUAAUAUGUAUAACAUUAGUAAUGACAGCUAUUGUUUGCAGUCUUUUAAAGUCUUACAACAGAAGAAGUAGACUCCGGGCUCCAACAGCGAAACGAGUAAAAAAUCCCAUGGCAAAGGUUACGAAAAUGUUAUUUGCUGUGACAGUCACAUUCAUAUGCCUAAAUUUACCAUCACAUAUUAACCGUCUCAGGAUUAUGAUUUCUUCAAUAUUCGCGGCAGAAGAACAACAAGGACAUUAUUCCUCAUUAGAAGAGGCGAUUCAACAAAUCACGUUACUUGUGUAUUACAUUUCACUGACAACAAAUUUGAUAGUUUAUUACAUAUUUGGAAGUAGAUUCAGAAAGGUGCUUAAAGACAUGACGUUUUUACCAAGUUUAAACUGUUCAAAUGAGAAAAAUGUUAACAAAGACAUGUACAAGAUGAACCGAAUGAUAACUAAACUAAGAAAAUUUGAAAAUAAAACAGAAAGUGUAGAGAUUACGGCGGUAUAGACAGUUGUCAACAGGCUACCGACAAAACAUGCCUGAACACAAUUGACAAUCGUUGGAUUUUGUUGGCUCGACUAUGAAUCAGCAUGAUUAUAUUGAUAACUAUAAAAUAUCUUUAUCAAUAUUUUUGCAAACACGAUAUUUAUGGUAUAUGUAUAAAUAUGAUAUAUUUAACGUUUGUCCAUUUUCAUAAAAACUCAUAUUUAUAUAUCAUGAUAUAAUA